UUCAUCAUUUUCCGUCUUACCCAUCUUGUACAAUCAUUGCAUAUUUGAUAUGCUUCUCCCCAUAAGCAUCAACAAAUCAAGAACACCAUCAAGCUCAAACCUUUGCCAGAGGCUCAGAACAGCACCUUGAACUUGAAGUCUAGAUCUCCACCAAUUCUGAAGUGGCAAGAAAGAUAAAAGAAAGCUUAUUGGGGUCAAUGGAAGUUGUAUCUGUUGUUGGAGGGGCUCUAUUAUCUGCUACUUUUGAGUGGUUGCUAGGGAAGUUGGACUUGAUUGGAUCAUUGAAUUUACGGGAGCAAGUCUAUGCUGAAUUGCAAAACUCGAAGAAUUUUCUGCCUCAGAUCCGUGAUGUACUUGAAGAUGCGGAAGAGAGGCAAAUCACCAGCCGUUCUGUCAAGAGGUGGCUUUCAGAGCUCAGGGACUUGGCUUAUAAUAUGGAGGACAUCUUAGAUGAAUUUGGAGUUGAUUCCUUGAGGAGCAAGUUGAGUGUGAAGCCUCAAGCCAACACCAAUAAGGUGUUGAAAAUCAUUCCCACAUGCUUUUUUGGAUCUAGACAAAAAGAUGCUAAGUCUGAUCUUGAGACUGUUUCCAGGAUAAAGGAUGUCAGUACCAGAUUGCAAGUUAUUGUUGCUGAGAGGAGUGCACUAGGCCUGAGUUUGAGCAUGAAUGCUGGGGAUAGGCCUAAAAGAGGAGUUGCAGAAAGAGUUCCCACAACUUCUUUGCCAGUUUCUCAUCUUUACAGUCGGGAAGUUGAUAUAGAUGUUAUUCUUCAGCAAUUGUUCACAGCUGAAAGUGAUCAUGAUGGAGUCCCCGUGAUUCCAGUUAUUGGGAUGGGAGGAGUGGGUAAGACCACUCUGGUUCAACAGGUUUACAAUGAAGAAAGAUUGAAGGGUCAAUUUGAGUUGAAGGUAUGGGUCUAUGUCUCUGAUGAAUUUGAUGUCCUCCAGAUAACAAGAACCAUUUUACAGGCAGUGACAGGAGAGAAUUGUGACUUGAAAGAUUUGAAUUUGCUUCAAAUAAGAUUGAAAGAAAGGUUAUCUGGCAAGAAAUUUCUACUUGUAUUGGAUGAUGUUUGGAAUGAGAACUAUGACCACUGGGAUAUUUUGCGUAGGCCUUUGAUGUCAGGGGAACAUGGGAGUAAAAUAAUUGCCACAACUCGUAAUGAUAGUGUGGCAUUGGCCAUGGGAAGAAAACAUUUAAUUCAUCGAGUGAAAGGCCUUCGAGAAGAUGAAUGUUUGUCAUUGUUUGCUACACAUGCAUUAGGUGCGGAUAACUUUGAUGCACACCCAAAUCUCAAAGGAAUUGGGGAAGAAAUUGUUAAAAAGUGCAGAGGAUUACCAUUGGCUGCGAAAGUUCUUGGCGGCCUCUUGCAUGGUAAACUAAGCUGUGUUGAAUGGCAAGACAUAUUGAAUAGUGAGAUGUGGGAUUUACCAGAAGAUAAGAGUGGCAUUCUUCCUGCUUUGAGAUUGAGUUACCACAAUCUUCCUUCUCAUUUGAAGCAAUGCUUUGCCUUUUGUGCUAUAUUUCCAAAAGGUCGUGAAUUUGACAAGGAUACUCAAUAUGUUGCUGGAGAAAUACUCUACAAACUUGAUCAUAUGUGGAAGGGUGAAAUGUUAGAAAUGAGUUUUGAAAGGGUCCGCCAUUGUUCAUUCUAUCAGCGGAUAUGUGAUAAAUUUGACAGAUUUCAUGUGCUAGACAAACUAAAGUGUUUGCGAACCUUCCUACCAUUAUAUCCAUUUGAUCAUCACAUUGAUUGCUACAUUUCUAAUUCUGUGCUGCACAAUUUCUUGCCAAAGUUGACAAAUCUAAGGGUUUUAUCUCUUAGUGGUUAUUGUAUAAUGAAGUUACCAGAAUCAGUUGGGGAUUUGAAGCGAUUGCGCUACAUUAAUUUGUCUCAUACUGAGAUCCAAAGUAUACCUCGGUCAGUGGGUUUUCUGGUUUACUUACAGUCAUUGAUUUUACACAAUUGCAAAAAACUUGCAUGGUUGCCAACAACAAUUGGAAAUCUUCGUGACCUCCAUCACCUUGACAUUACUGAUACGCCAUCUUUGCAAGAGAUGCCAUUACAGGUGGGUAACUUAAUAAGGUUACUGACAUUGCCUAAGUUUAUUGUCAGCAAAGCAGAUAGAUUGAGAUUAAGAGAUUUGAGGAACUUGUCACUUCUUCGGGGCCACCUAUCCCUUCUAGAGCUACAUAAUGUUUUGGACGUCCAAGAUGUUAUGGAGGUCAAUUUUGACAAGAUUGAGGGCCUUGAUGAUGUAGCUUUGGAAUGGACUUCUGAUUUCCUUAAUCCCCGAGAUGAAAGUCAAGAAAUGCUGGUCCUUAGUCAGCUAAAACCUCAUCAAAAUUUGAAAGGACUCACUAUUAGUUGCUAUGCUGGGGUAGCAUUCCCAUCUUGGAUGGGAGAUCCAUCAUAUUCCAAUCUAGUAUAUUUGGAGCUCUGUCAUUGUCAAAGAAGCAGUUCAUUACCAUCUCUUGGGCAAAUACCCUCUCUCAAAGAAUUGAUCAUAAGCGAGAAGCUCAAAUUGGAAGACUGUCCAAAGUUAACACGUAAAUUACCAGGCCUCCUUCCUUUGGUCAUAAAACUUGAGAUCGUCAAAUGCCCAAGGUUAACAUAUUCACCAGUGAGUCUUCCAUCACUUCAAGAACUGUAUGUUCAAACAUGUAAUGAGGCUGUUCUCAAGAGUUUGAUUGAUCUCACUUCCCUCACCACCUUGAGAAUUAGUGGGAUUUCAAAGCUUCCUUGCUUGCCUAAGAGUUUUACUCAGUCCAUGAUAGUGGUUGAAGCUAUGGAGAUCAAAGAAUGUGAUGAGUUUACCUCUUUGUGGGAGGAAGGAACCAGUAUAGAAAACCUUGCUCGUCUUGGAAGUAUUAAAGUUGAGAAUUGCCCUGUGCUUGUGUCAUUGACAAGGGAAGAACAGGGCCUUCUGCCUUACAAUCUUAGACAUCUUAUAUUCAAAAAAUGUGAGGCUUUGGAGACAUUACCUGAUGAGAUGAUGAUGUUGGAAGGAUGUAAAAAAAAUAUGCUGCGACUUGAGGAGUUGAGUAUUAAGGAUUGUUCUUCUCUCACGUCUUUCCCACCAGGCAAAUUACCAACCUCUCUUAAAAGCUUGAAAAUUACAAACUGUAAAAAGCUAGAUGGCCAGUUACCAUCAGCUGUUAAGAGUCUUUUUAUUGAUAAUUGCAUGGAAUUGGAAUCACUUCCGAUGAGAAUGGUGCAGCAGUGUACAGCACUUGAAAACUUGAAUAUAUUUGAAUGCAUUAAGGUGAAAAGCUUGGCUCUUGACUGCUUGCAGAGCCUAGACAAUCUCUCUUGUUUAACGAUAAGUGGUUGUGAAGGUUUAGAGUAUUUCCCAGAAAGUGGCUUCUUCAUCCCGAAUCUUAUGUUUCCUAUUAUAUCAGAUUGUAAGAUUCUGAAGUCCCUGCCCAGCAGAAUGUACAACCUUAUAUCUCUUCAAAACUUGUUUAUACAAGGAUGUCCAAAUGUGGUUUCUGUUCUAGAAGGAGGUUUUCCCCCAAAGUUGAUGUAUCUUGAAAUUGAUUGCCCGAAUCUGAAGCAGCAUAUGAGUGAAUGGGGCCUCAAGAGGCUUACUUCUCUUGAGAGAUUCUCCAUUAAUUGGAUUUGUCCUCCAAAUGAUGUCCUUCCCACAUCUCUAACCUCUUUCCAUAUGGUAAAUGUCAGUAAUCUGAAAUCCAUAUCAAAAGGGCUACUGCAAAACCUCAACUUUCUUCAAUCUUUAUACAUUGAGGAUUGUCCAAAGCUGCGGUCCUUGCCAAAGGAAGGUCUGCCUCCCUCACUCGGACGACUGAUCAUAAGAAACUGUCCUCUUCUGAAACAACGGUGCUUGGAGGAGAAAGGAGAUUCCUGGCCCCUCAUCUAUAACAUUCCCUGCAUUAAGAUAGAUGAGACUGAUCCAUAUUUCGCCUUUAUAGACUUUUGGCUGCUCUUCUAACUGUCUCUGCAUUGGAAUUGGCAGAUAUUCCUCCAUGGACCAUAUAUGGAUCAUGGAUUUCUUAUCAGCAUAACAAAUUUAUGAUUUGUUUGAGGAACUUCUUUUCUGUUUAUUAUUUGCAUUCUGAGGAAUUUGCAAGGAGGCAACAGUGAAGAAAUUCUACAAGCAUGAUUCGUUUUCUAAUAGAACUUUUCUGCAAACUGAAACUAGCAGAGAUCAUGAUCUUCGGAUAUUUUGGCAAUUUUGUUAAGGGACAAUGUCAAGCUGCACUGCUGCAAUUGUUCAUUUGGGGAAGCAGACGCAAUCCUAUGGAAUCUUUGUAUGUACUGAAAAUCAUCUCCAGUGUGAUUUUGACAGCAAAUAAGGAAGAGUCAUCUAAAGGUGCUUGAUAGUGCCGUUAUAGAGGUAAAGAUAACAACACACCAUCCUGGGGCUGCUGGCAGGAAAUAGGUCCAGAAUUACGGGAUUUGCAUGACAGCAAAGGUCAAAAAGCACUUGACACUGCUAUUGAAUGUUAAUUGCAGUUUAGUUCAUUGUGUGAAUCUGGAUUUUUGAUUGGCACAUAAACUAAUGAAGACAAUGAAAGGAAAAGAUAUUUCAACGUAGCUGUCAUUCGAUUCGAGUGCAUACUGAGACAAACAAGGAGAGGCCUUUCUGAUGUUGGCUUAAUUCAGUUGAACAUUGAGUCAAGAUUCUGUCAAAAGGUUUCACUCAAAAGCAAUUCUAGUUUUGAAGGCUGCACCCAAUUUCCUAU